AUGCGCCACCACGCCCAGCUAGCUCAACUGAGAGGAAGGAAGGGAGGGGCGGGCGAAAGGAGGCCAGUGGGCGGAGCAGCCGGUGAGGGCGGGAUCGGAGAUAGCCGCCGGGACUGGGCGGUGCCGACGAGGGGCGGGGGAAGUGGGCGGAGCCUUGAGGACGGCGGUGGAGCGUGGGCGCGGCUGCAGGACCGUGGCCGAACGGUAGAGGCCUCCCUUCCGAGGAGGUGGCUCGAACUUCUCGGGCCGGGGAUCUGCUCCCCUGCUCGUCCUUCCCAGCGAGGUCCCGGCGCGGCCGGGCCCAGAGCGGCCCUUACCCACCUGCUGUCCUCCCCCUGCAGGCGGCAGCGCCUGUUUUCUGAGGGUGCUGGUGGAGGUGCUGCCGGCUUCGCUGAGCCGCAGGUGAAGGGCGCAUGUCGGCAGUGCUGGCCUUGGCUGCGGCCUUCGGGACACGUGACCGCGGACAGCAUAGGAGCCGGACAGCGCAGUGACGCCGGGUCUCACCGCGAGGAGCGGGGUGCCUCUGCUCGGGCUCGACGCCUUCCUUCCUACCUGGCCUGGCGCGUGGCGGCUGACCGGGGCAGAUGGCAUCGGCUGGAGACGCAGUCUGCCCAGCGGUGCGGGUGUAUUCCGCACCCGGGAGGCAGGGCGCCAGCACGGGCUUCUAAUGUGAGGAAAAACACGGAAUGACAAGUGUGGGAAAGAGCAAGUACUAAAUUACUGUCAGAAAAAUAAACGGAGUAGCACAGUGGUGCUCAGUGAUUUACGGGGGCAAUUAGUCACCACCCCAUGGCGCUGCUGAGGACAGCAAGGCAGCAGACACGUCAGGCCACAAGGAAGAAGAGACUGCGUGGCUCUCCAGACAACUUUUCAAACAACAAACAACAAGAAUGUGAGCGUAUUAGGUUCCAUGUCUUCGGUCUGGGUGCCUACCCUUCAUAUUUUUCUUCUAACUUAAUACAUAAAGGUAGCUGUAGCACAGUAUUAACAUUCCAUGUUAAAAAGCCUCCAACUACAGCUUUUUUCUCUCCUACUCUCCAGAGUAGGUUCUUUUCCAUCCCUUAAAAAACAAAAAACACUUCCUAUGCCCCGGUUGUUCCCCUAGUAUAUGCCUCUACUGUGUUUUAUUACUUCUUGCUAUCUGUGUUCCACAUUUGUGCAGAGCCACUGGCUACUAAGAAAUUUUAUCUGCAACUCCUCUGCAGAAGUUUGGUAAGGUGGUAUGAGCAGGUGACAAGGAAUGCAAAACACAGCAUCAAGGAAGACCAUUAACUUUUCUAUAUUUGUUAAUGUGUUCAUUAACAUACUCUAUAGUAUUUGCAUGUGUAACAGCAAAAUAAACCUCAGUGAGAAUUAAUUGGUGUUCAUUGCUUAAUAAAUAUCCACCAUCAGAAGAACCCUGAAUAGAAGUUUGGGAAUAACCCAGGAAACAGAAAGAGUACAUUGAUUAAAUGCCACUUGGUGAAGUGAAUAAACGAAAUUCAUCAAGAGUUUAGUACUCUUGAGUAAAUAUUUCUUAAGCAUUUUACAUGUUACAAAGGACAUAUAAUUCCUUUUCUCACUUGAUCUUGCUCUUGUUUUAGGCAGAGAUAUCUGCUGCGUUAGAAAUGUGUUUGAUAUGUAUGUUGGAGAAAGUACCCCAACAUGCUCUACAUUUGACCUCUAUUCUGGAGUCAUAAAGAGGCAGAACCGUAUUGAUGAGCUUGGUACCCAGCCUGGUGCACCAUUCAGCUGGACACUGGGUUUCUGCUAAAGAGGGUUACAGUGAAGAGAAUCUUUAGAUUUCUUUUGCUACUCUUUUGUUAUUCCAUUACUAAGGUUGGAUUUUAUAAACACAUUUUUAAAAACAAGUAAUAACAGUAAGACGAUAUAGGAUUGCAUAUUUGCAACUGCAGAGGCACUAGUUUUCAGAUGUUCUAAUGAAAAAUGAAAACCCAAUCAGGAGGGGAGGCAGACUUGCAACAUCACAGGCAUAUGAAGUUAUUCAGAUCUUAUGGAAAUACCAGGGAUAAUUCAACAUGGAAGUUUAACCAAAAUUACUUUUUAUCCAGAGAGUGCAUUUAAAAGUACAUCAAGUAUAUUUAGAUUUUUCUUUUUCUAAAGUUACCUUGUAGUUUCUGGUAGAGGAACAUACUGGGAAAAACUCCACAUAUAUAAAAAAAUGAAAUUUAAGAUAUAGCAUUAUAAAAAUAUCCCUACAUGGGGGCACAUUUUGAUGUACAUGUUAUUUUUGUUUAAAAAUUAUGAGGUAGUGAGGUGAAAGUGACCUUGGCUUUUAUAUUUAUUUAUUGAUAAAAGUGAUAGGCUUUAAUAUUCAGAUUCAAAUCUUUGCUAAUCAUGCAACCUAUGUACAUUUCAAAGAAAGGAUUUAGAUUGAAGAUUGGAAAUCAGAGACUGGGACUUCCUAUCUGCUCCUGUAUCUGUUUCCUCAGAGUAUUUAUGCAAUAUUCUGAUUUAGCUAUAAUAUAUAAUUCUUAGCUAUUAUUUCAGCUGUAACAAUUUUUAGAUUAAUGGUCAUAAUUUUGGUAAGGCAUACAUGAAAAGUUAUAUGUUCAUGCUUGAAAGGAUCAUUAAAUAUUCAUUAUCACUACUCAAAUUAGUUGUCAUGCUCUAUGUAACAGUUACCCAUUAUUUCACUAGUUUAGAUUCAGCAUUAAGUGAAUAGCCAACAUAUAUGGCUCAUAACCGUAGAGGAAUUUUGUGGGUAGAUGAGGGUCAGGGAAGGAAAUGAUUUUAAAAUCCAUUUGAUGUAUUUAUGUUGACAAAUUUUUUAAGAGUUACUGUGUUGUCAAUAAACAUGUUUGUUGGAAUAUGA